ACAUGAGGGUCCAGUGUGGCAAGUAGCUUGGGCACACCCUAUGUUUGGUAAUUUAUUGGCAUCAUGUUCCUAUGAUAGAAAAGUUAUAAUAUGGAAAGAAACGAAUGGAACGUGGGAUGCCCUUCAUGAAUGUAAUAACCAUGAUUCAUCAGUAAACUCAGUCUGUUGGGCACCACAUGAGUUUGGUUUAAUGUUAGUGUGUGGUUCAUCUGAUGGAGCUAUAUCUGUAUUAUCAAGUGCUGGUGAUGGAACAUGGGAAACCAAGAAAGUAAACAAUGCGCAUACAAUUGGCUGCAAUGCUGUGAGUUGGGCACCAGCGGUAGUACCUGGCUCCCUCAUAGAACAGCCAUCGGCACAGAAACCAAUAACAGUGAAAAGAUUUGUAUCAGGUGGAUGUGAUAACUUAGUCAAAAUAUGGAAGGAGGAGGAAGGACAGUGGAAAGAAGAGCAGAAGUUAGAAGCCCAUAGUGAUUGGGUACGCGAUGUAGCAUGGGCGCCCUCUAUAGGCUUACCACACAGCACAAUAGCUAGCUGUUCACAGGAUGGUAGAGUCAUUAUAUGGACUAGUGACGAUAGUACUGGUAGUAUGUGGACGCCAAAGAUUCUUCAUAAAUUUAAUGAUGUUGUAUGGCAUGUUAGCUGGUCAAUUACUGGUAAUAUACUUGCAGUGUCAGGUGGAGAUAACAAAGUUAGUUUAUGGAAGGAAUCGUUAGAAGGCCAGUGGGUGUGUGUUAGUGAUGUUAAUAAAGGACAGGGACAACAACCAUCAGAAGGACCACAAGCUGAACAAUAAAUUUUAUUGUCUGAAAUUUAGUUGAAAUAACUAUUUGCACAUUCCUCAUUUGAAUUAGAAGUUUGCCAAUUUGUAUAAUGAUGCAUGAGGAUUGUCACCAAGCAAAGUUCUAGUUAGUCAAUCAAAACAGUUGUGUAUAUUAUUAAAUUAACUAUUUUAACGACUCAACUGUCAGAUUGGAUGUUGAAUUACACUUGGUGUUUAUUGAUGUACUGGCUACAAUUCAACUAAAUUUCAGACAUUACAUGUAUGUAUGUAUAAUUUCCUUCCUUGUGCUAAUUUUUUAGUCUUGUAUGUCCAACCCAGGCUACCAUUGUUAUCUCUUGUGUAUGUUUGUAAGCUUGUUGGGAUGUUUUAUCCAAGAUGUACAUUAGUCUUUUACCUGUCAUGGAAAAACUUGUUUUGUAUUUUCCAGUUCUGACAUUAUCACAAUCCACCAAAUCUUUCAAUCUCGUCCACUUUUUCUUAAGUUUAUUUUUUAGUCUUAGUGCCCCUCACCUAAUAUUUUAACACCUUCUGUAUUUAUAAUAUGAAAUGCUAUAAUCCCCUCCUAAUAUGUUGUUUACAUGGUAACACUCCUACCUAUCAAAUGUAGAAUGGGGGGGGGGUCUCAAUAGUUCUUUAACAAAAGUACAUUUCUACAUCUGUAUCAUGAAAAUUUGAAAAUUAUUACCUAAUUUGCAUAUUGAAUUGAUGUAAAGAGGUCCGGGCAAACGACAUAAUGCUUCCAUAUAUUUUCUCAAAUUCUCACAGCUGUGACUACCGGUAUGUAAUAUUUUACCCACAAUCCUUUGCUGGAGUCAAUAUGGUGGGCUACAAAAUAGUGAUGGAAUGUUCACUAUCUAGAUAAUAAAAUUCAUUAAAUAAUAUAAAUUGCAUUGCCCUGCCCUGCAUUUGUUGAGCCUUUUCAUCUGGGAUUAUUAUGAUUUUUGCCUAGACUUUGCAUAUUGGUCCACUCAUUCACAAAGUUCUAGUCAUUUUCAAUAUGUGUGGUUUACCAAGAUAUAAUUUUCUGACCUUACACAAUUAUAUAUUUUGCAUAAUAAGUGAUUCAACUGUUCUUGCUUGAUAAUAAACCAAUUCAUUUUUUA